GGAGGAUAAUCAGUAAUCUUUUAUUUCUCUAUUCCACUCUCAAGUCUCAAGUACAGCAACAAGUAUUGGCAGUUGACUGCUAAUGCUAAAUCAAAUACAAUGUCUAAUGACCUCGACCUCGACCUUAUUGAGGGUCCGGGAACCCAUGAUUGAAUACCAGGAUUACUUGUUGAUUUUUUGCCUUUUCUCAGCUCUUUUUAUUUGUAUUUGCACAACUAAAAGAAAAGGAGAUGGCAGAAAGUUGAACCUUCCUCCAAGCCCAUUAUCUCUUCCACUUAUUGGCCACUUUCAUCACCUGCUUUCCUUAGCUGGUUUGUACAGCUCCUUGCACCGUGUGGCUGUUCAAUAUGGACCCCUUGUAUACCUCCGUCUGGGGAGCUCUACCCUUGUACUGGUCUCUUCUGCUUCUGUGGCUGCCCAAAUCUGUAAGGCGCAAGACGUUUACUUUGCUUGCCGACCCAAAUUCUCCUAUGCUGACAAGAUCCUUUAUGGAGAAUUUAGCUUCAUUAAUGCUCCAUAUGGAGAGUACUGGCGUUUCCUGAAGAAGCUCUGCGUCAAUGAGCUGCUUGGGGCCCGCCAAGUGGACCGGUCUAAGUCCAUUCGAUCCCAAGAGAUCCUUAAGUUCUUGAAAAGAGUGAUAGGGUAUGCUGAGAGAUCAGAAGUGAUUGAUGUUAGAGUCGAGAUGGUGAAGUUGACGAAUAAUGUGUUGUGUAGGAUGGCAAUGAGUACAAGCACUGAAAUGGGGAUGGGGAUGGACCAAGCAGAGGAGAUGAGAGAUAUAUUAAAACAAUCUUUUGAGUUGGCUGGAAAGCUUUAUGUGGGUGAAAUGCUAGGCCCCUUCAAGAGACUCAUACUAUGGAUAUAUGGUACCAAAGUAUCCAAUCUGACCAAAAGAUUUGAUCAGUUGCUUGAGAAGAUUUUGAAAGAUCAUGAGCAUGAAUCUGAAUCUGAUGGAGAUCAUGUCGUUAAGGAUUUGAUGGACAUUAUGUUGGAUGUCCAGCGUGAAGAGAAAGCAAAGGUUCCGAUUACCAGAAGCAAUAUCAAGGCCUUCUUCACUGAUUUGAUAAUAGCAGGCACAGAUAGCUCGUCGCAGGCAAUGGAAUGGGUGAUAGCGGAACUUAUCAAUCAUCCUCUCGUUUUAAGAAAGGUGAGGGAAGAGAUAAAGCUUGUCGUAGGGGAUACUAGAUUGGUUAAGGAAUCUGACAUUCCGAGUCUCCCUUACUUGCAAGCAGUUGUGAAGGAAACUCUAAGAUUGCAUCCAUCAGGGGUGUUCACAACUAGGUUGUGCCGUCAAAACUGCAAGGUGGAAGGUUUUGACAUAUCGGAAAAUACUCCCGUGGCUAUUAAUUUAUACACUAUAAUGAGAGAUCCUAACGAAUGGAAGAAUCCGAAUGAGUUUAGACCUGAGAGGUUCCUAGAUUUGGGUGGUGUAUAUGAAGAGGAUAUCAACAAAGAAAUCAGAAGUAAUAGUAAGGGGCAGAAUCUAAACUUCAUACCAUUUGGUGCUGGAAGAAGAGGAUGCCCUGGAACUUUGCUUGCUUUUACUCUUCUCAAUUAUGUGAUUGCAGCUUCAAUUCAAUGCUUUGAUUGGAAGGUUGAUUCUGGAGAGGUGAAUAUGCAGCCUGGCAGAGGCAUAUCCCUAGCCAUGGCUCAUCCACUUAAAUGUCGUCCCGUUGUUCAUUUUAAUCCUUUCAAAUCUGAAUGCAAUUGAUUUUUUUUUGUUGAUACUUCUCCAAACCAGUCUAUUGUUGGAAAAUAAACCACAUGUGAUCCUACAUUGAAAAAUUAGAUAAAGGUUGACUAACAUAUAAGUUUCAUGGGCUACUCCUAUUACCAAUUUGUUUUAGGAUGGAACCUCGUCAGGUUUGUGUGCAGUCAAUCCUCCUCUUAUGCGGGUCUUGUUGUGUACAAGUCCAAUAACAAAUUAUCAUCUAUGACGACAUUGCAAGAGUAUUGAAUAACAAAUUGUUUUUUAAGCCG